AUGGCCUCUGCCGUCGAUCGCCGUUUACAUGAUGUCGGUGUCGCCGCCCUUGCUGCUGUCUCGCAGUAUCCUCGACCUGUGAAUGACCCCAGCGGCUCUUUUCUGGUCUCCGAGGUCGUUAAUGCUGUUACUGACGUGGGGAGUCCUCCGGAUUAUCAACUCUUCAGAGGGAACUCCCUCCUACCCGGACAUAGGACUUUUUACCCGACACCGUCCGACACGGAUAGUGCUUCCGGGCCGGACUUUGUUUUUGGACGCCCCGAUCGUGAUGUCAACAUGGACUCGGUCGUUCGGCAAUUAUUUGAUCCCGCUGCCGACCAUGACAAUGUUGCCAUGAUCACGCAGGAAUGCGACGAUGCGCGCGACAAGGAUAUGGUUAGGGAUUUCGAGUCCGACGUCGAAAAUCAUACUUCCCCACCUUCCAUCCCAGAUGAUGAGUUUGAGGACUUUAUCCGAUUCUAUCCGGACGAGGAGGAAUACUACCGUCAGCGCAGGGGUCGCCCGACCGAGGAUGUCCCAAUGGCCGAUUUCGAUAUCGAUGAUUUUUAUCUUAAUAUCAACUACGACGAUAUCGAUGUGGAUCUACCCCAGACGCUUGGCAUCCCUGUUUCCGAUCCCUCUGGGACCCCGGACUUUGCUGAUCAGCCGGAAUUCCCUGGGCCUCACCCGGCAACUAUCAUCCACACCUCUACGUACGAGCGCAACCUCACUAUUGAUGAGUUCAUCCAGCGCUGGAUGGUCCAAACGAAUGUCAUUCCCAAUGGCUUCCAUAGCGAAAGCAGAAUUCCGCCACAGCUCCGCCCAUUAUCCAAGAUGAUUAGUUGGAGUCCGCCACAGACGGUCGUUCGGCCACAUGAAUGGAGACGCGACUUCUACGAUUUGCAGCAGAUUCCUUGGACGGAAACACUACGAGUUAAACGCACUGAUGCUCGGACGCUGCGUGAUGCUUGGUAUACAUCAUACCACAACUUGGAUUAUUCGCACAUGAGCCACGCCAAACGUAUUCCAGGACAUGAGUCAUUUUUCCGCGGGGCUUCCAUGCACACUUCACACAAAGCCUCCAUCGAGCACUUCCAACUCCGCAACUUGAUGUCCGCCCCAGCAUCCAACACGGUCAAUUUCGCCUGCCAAUCAAAGGUGCUAUCAUGGACCCCAACAACCGGCGACGCCCGCUGCCUAAUUGAUCUCAGCCAAGCAGACCCAGACUCAGGCUUCCUCGGCCCAGUCAAAAUCUCAACAAUGAAAACAGCCCACGGCCUCACAAUCGCCGGCGGUUUCUGUGGCGAAUAUGCCCUCCGCAGCUCAUUCGGCUCUGGCGCCGGCACAAAAGGUCUAGUAACACCCGACUUCAACGACGGCAUAACAAACCACGUGGACAUCAUCUCCAACCGAACAGGCCCCUCCCCAAUCGGCGUCUUCGCCUCAAACGACAAACACCUCCGCGUCCUCGACACAGAAACAAACAUCUUCACCUCCGACCACGAACUGUCCCAACCAAUAAAUUGCACGGCUACCUCCCCGGAUAGCCGUCUCCGCGUUGUAAUCGGCGACUCGCCAGACGCAUGGGUCAUAGAAUCCGACACUGGCAAGCCCGUCCACCCUCUGCGCGGCCACCGCGACUUCGGCUUCGCAUGCGCCUGGUCACCGGACAUGCGCCACAUCGCAACAAGCAACCAGGAUAAAACAAUCAUCAUCUGGGACGCGCGUACCUGGCGGCCGCUUGAAACAAUCGAUUCUGACGUGGCAGGCUACAGAUCUCUACGGUUCUCGCCUGUCGGCGGUGGCCCGCGGAUGCUGCUAUGCACGGAACCAGCAGAUCGAAUUUCAAUUCUGGAUGCUCAACUCUUCCAAUCGAGACAGGUUCAUGAUUUCUUCGGGGAAAUCGGUGGCGCGGAUUUUUCGCCUGAUGGCUCGGAGAUUUGGGUUGCGAAUACUGACCGCCAUUUUGGCGGGUUCAUGCAGUAUGAGCGCAGGCAGUGGGGGCAGAGGGUUGGGUUGACGGAUUUGCCUAGUGAAUGGGCGAGUGAACUUGAGUUGGAGGGGGAUUCGCGGUGUGUGUUGAGUAAGCGUGAGAGGUCUCUGCGGUUUUUGAGAAAUUUGUCGAGUGACGACCAUGAGGCUUUGAUCCUUUGA